AUGACGUACAGGACGGUGGUGAUGUACCUGGAGAUCGGCUGCUUCGUGUCGUGUCUGUGCGGCUGGAUCCUGGUGUGCUCCACGCUGCCGACGGAGUACUGGACCUUCUCCGAGGUGGGCAGCAUCGUGCUGACCACCUCCAACUACUACUCCAACCUGUGGAAGGACUGCAUCUCCGACACCACGGGGGUGUCCGACUGCAAGGACUACCCCUCCAUGCUGGGCCUGCCGGGGUUCCUCCACGCCUGCAGAGCGCUGGCGGUCUGCUCCGUCAUCACCGGCUUCUUCGGAGGAGUCCUCACCCUCGUUGGGAUGAAGUGCACUAAGAUCGGAGGCUCAGAGAUCGCCAACGCCAGAGUGACCUUCGCCGGCGGGAUCACGUACCUGGUGUCAGGAUGCUGCGGGAUGAUCACCUACUCGUGGUGGGCCAACAAAGUCAUCAGAGAAUACUUGGAUCCACAUUUCAGGGCUCAGAAGUUUGAACUGGGAGCUGCGAUCUUCAUUGGCUGGGGAGGAUCCGUGCUCCUGCUGAGUGGAGGCACGGUGCAGAGCUACUUCUCUGGAAAAGAAGGUCUGCCAUCAAGUUCCUCUAAACGGCCCCUGAGACCCGGCACGUACGCCACGGCCCGGACCCGACGGACCUACAUGCUGCCGGCCACGACCUCCAGACUCACUCUGGGGCCGCCGCUGUUCUACGAGGGCAGGAAGAGCCGAGAGGCCGGAGCCACGGCGUCGAGGGGGGGCCGCACCUUCAGCAGGGACAGCUUCGUCUGA